AUGCCAGUUGACCGUGAAAAGCCAGUCACAUUGCGCAGAUCAUGCAGAGCAUGCAUCAAGGGCAAGAGGCGAUGCGACCAGGGCUGGCCUAAAUGUGCCAGAUGCCUGAGCAAAGACGCCAACUGCGAAUACGUGAAUGUACCUUUGACAGUACAACUGGGCGUCAAAAAAACCACUGGUCCCCACGUCACAUUCAAGUCCUCGAGGGCCAAGGCGGCACCUGCUCCUCGAAUCUCCCCAGAAUUACGACUGGAGAUUGCAAAGGAAUAUGACCCAAACAUAAUUCGAUUUCUUGUGUCCGGGCUACGCGAUUUACCGGUACAAUUUGCAGAGAGUCAAAAAACACACUUCAUCCAUCCUCAUCUGUAUAGGAAUGGCUUACCAGCCGCUGUGCGUGAGGUCCAUAACAUCUGCAGACUCAGCAUGCAAAUUGGUCAAUCAGAACGAACCAGCUUCACUCUACUAUCAAUUCUGCGACAACAAGUAGCACACAUCUGUCGUCGAUUGAGCCACGCAGCUACAUUCGAGGAAUUACUUGGAUGUAGCCAAGCGCUAGUCUUGAUUCAAUGCAUCCUCAUCCUCAACGAAGAUGCAAGUGCCACCUCAUAUUCGGAAGCAGUCAGUGAGAUGCUAGCGGGCGUUGCUGGAAAACUGUGGCAACAAGCCCCUAUUCAACUUCCGCAGGCCCUCAGCCCUCGACACGCGUGGCUUCUGGGUGAAAGCGUGCGGCGAACGAUCAUCGUGUGUUUCAUGUUACGCAGCGCUUACUCUCUGAAAACGAGAAACUACUCAGUCCGGACACCGUUCAUUGAUGCAUUGCCGUUUGAUCUGCGGACUAAUCUGUGGGACGAUGAUUCGGACAGUUCAUGGCAACACGCUCUACCUGAAUCCAGUGGCUCGAUGGUCUCAAUGCACGAGUGGUCUGAUGGUAUGGCUGCUGGUCGUGUUCAUGAUGUGUCUGCCUUCAGCGCUCUGAUACUCGCGGCUUGUAAAGGGCAAGCCGUUUCGAGGAUCCCGUUCCCGCCGGUGGAAUCCUAUAUGGCGACCUGA